CAUAGUUUAAAAGUGUAUCAAACGAAAUAGUUUUUGGAAAAAUGGGCAUGGUACUUCCAGAACUUUGGUCAAAAAGCUGUAGUGUCGCCAUAUCAUUAGCAUCUACACAAUUACAUAAAUAUCAACACAUGAUAAACUGGAAAAAAAGUGCUUCAAUAUUAGAAAUUGGCUUUGCUGAUGGACACACUUCCUCACAUUGUUUAGCGCCAAUUUUACCACAAGAUUAUAGUGAAUUUGUUGCUUCAGACAUUUCUAAAGAAAUGAUUAAUUAUGCUAAACAGUAUUUUAAAAUACCUAGAUGGAAAUUUGUCCAAAUGGAUAUUGGAGCCAAUGUUCCUGAAGAAUUUCAUAAUAAAUUUGACCAUGUGUUUGGAUUUAGUGUUAUGCAUAUGGUUAAAAAUCCAAGAAAAGCUUUUAAAAACAUUUACGAUAUGCUAAAACCAGGUGGAUCAACGUUCCUUAUUUUUUUCGAAAAAACUCCCAUCGAUGAUUUGUUCGAUAGGCUGAAAACUCAUCCGAAAUGGGGAAAAUAUGGACAAGAAAAAAUGAUUUCCACUUACUAUUACAGUAAAAAUACGAAAGACGACUACCAAAAAGAUAUAGAGGCUGCCCAAUUCAAGGAUUAUACUUUUAAUGUGGAACAGGAAAUGUAUAGGUUUUCUUCUGAGGAGGAAUGCGAUAACUCAUUGGUCGCCGUUAAUUGUACCAUACCAGAAAUACCCAAAGAACUUUAUGACGAAUACAUCAAGGACUAUUUGAAAGAAAAGAUGAGAGCUCAUUUAUAUAAAAUUUCUCAAAAAAACGGCAAAAAUGAAGUUACCCUACAUGCCAAUGUGUUCGUUUUUAUUGCUAAAAAACCCGAAAAUAUACAGUAAAAACACAUAUAUAGUUUUAAUAAAAUUAACGUAUUUCCAGCUCGAUGUUUAUUGACACAACAAAAAAAAACACA